AGCUUUUGAUUUCGCCAACGCACAGUUGAAAGAGGCGUCGUUGUUCUCCUUCACACCUGAGCAGCCGUUUGUCCUUCUUCUCUCUCUCUCUCUGUGUGUGUGUGUAUUGGUAACCCUCUCCUUCGGUGAUACUCGCUGGGAGAAGGUGGCGGAGACGGAGGAGAAAUUUUAUUUCCUGCCGUCCCCUUUUUGGUUUCUUGUUUUUCUUUUUAGGGAGGCGUGGACACGCGAGGAGUCCCCUUACUUGGCGGUUCAACACGGUGCACGUGCUUACAGGAGUCCAAGCGCUGUUGUGCCUUGAACCGCGAUUAUUCUCGGGGCGAGAACAGCAGAGAACGAGUUUUAAAAGCCGCACUUUUCUUUCUCCCUCUCUUCUUUCUUCUUUCUUCUCACCACGAGGCAUCGCACGUGUACAUACAUAUACACACACUAUAUAUGCAUUACAACUCUGAAGUUUCUUCUGCCCGGCAGCUUCGUUUUCCUUCUGCCUUGUCUUGCUCGACGGUGUUGUUCGCCCCCUUCUUUCAUCGUAUUCUUUUCUUCAUUGCGCAUAUAUAUAUAUAUAUAUAUAUUCCUUGUACUACUCCUUGUUCUUGUUUCUCAUUAGAAGACCUUCCUUUCUACUUCUCCCCCCCCCUCCCUCCAUCCAUCCCCUUUCUCAUGCCCUAUGCGAUUACGUACUUGCUUGAUCGAUCCCCACACUUACAGAAACGACGCAGGCAGUUCGCAGACGUCUCUUCGACCUCCCUCUCGUUGGUUCAUUUCUUUUCUCUUUUCCUGUUUUGAUAUAUAUUAAAACCGAUUAGAGAACUAAUAGACAGAGCACUCCCCUCCCCCUCCUCUUCCCCCCAGUUGAUGAUGCAUCGGGCAACGCGUUUUUUACUCUUCCGAAGUUCUCCACACCCGCGUGAAAUUCCUGUCGCGCUGCUCCGGACGUACCUUGCGCUCUGCGCACUGCUCGCGUAUUCCUGCGCGCACGCCGCCACGACAACGGACGGCGGGGCCACCGUCGCCGACAUCCGCGGUCCUGCAGGACGUCGACACAACUUCUGGUGGUGGCUCGCCCUCGGCGUCUCGGGUCUGCUACUUCUUCUGCUCAUGCUUCUCCUUGCACUGUCCUGGUGUUGCUGUGCGCGUCACUCGUCGCCGCCGCAGCGGCGUUGUCGCUGCCGGUCGAAGCAGCACGAGAACCGCAACGGCGGCGAUGACGGCCCCUCCGACGACGCACUCGCGACAUCGCCAGACAACUUCACCACCCGCCACGGCAGUCACGAUACCAAUGACGAGGCACAUCAACGCGACGGAGCGGCCGAGGCAGAGGUGGUGGCUCUCUCGAACUGCGCGACGACGACUCGCAAGGGCAAUCACGGCGACCAUGUUGCGGGCAACGAUGCGACGCUACCGCCUGUUGAGGCGAGGCACCAUGAGAGAAGAAGAAUAUUUUUAAUAGGUGCUGGUGGUAGUAAGAAGGCGAAGAGAUCAUCUCCCCCACGUAAGCAUUCCAAACAACCACGCUCGCAUACUGCUCCUCUGGCCGCUUCGACUGUUGCAGCUCCAGCGGCGACGUGGACAAAUAAACCACGUACUCGAGCUCCGGCGAGCCCCAUCACCCCGGCAAGGCCAAUCCCCUUCGUCGAGCACUUCCUGCCGGUAGAGCACGAAAUGUCUGAUGUUACGGAGGCACCGAAUCCCUUCAGUCGAGCCGGCGGGCGUUACCACGAGGUGGUCGAGGUGCCGUCCCCUGCGGCGGUAAUCGCGGUCGAGGCAACCGACCUCACUGCGGCAGGGACGCCACUCGACGCACGGGUGAAUGAGGCGGCAGCGGUGGAGGUGCCCGCGUUUACGCAGUCUCCGAGCCCGCCUCAGCCACGCAACUCCCCAGAACGGGUGGUGGACGUGCCGAGCCGCCGCGUUGCGCAACCAGACGUAGGUCAGGACCCCCCCUCACUCCAGCACGAGCGGCAGCGAGAACGACAGCUGCUGCUUGCCAAGUCUCCCAUGCGAUCCUCGAUGAAGUCUCAGGAUGUUAACAGGACAGCUGAGACUGCACCGACGGCAGCGGCAAUCACCCGCGGAUCCGCAAAGCAGUAUUUCUUCGACUCUCAACGUAAGCCCACCCCGACUCGGCCGUCUAACACGUGUGCGCCCACCACUGUCACUACCAUUACUACCGCGGCAUCAUCACCGCUGCGGGAGUCACCUCAUCCAGCAUCGGUGGCACAGCAGCAGCAGCAGCAGCAGCAGCAGUGGCGACUGAAAAGUCCACGGAGGCGGAGUCCCUCCACCCCACCUUCUUUGGUUCCAUCAGCGGCGCUUUCGGAAGGCAGGGAGCGACCUUCCAUCGGGACACCGUACCGGAGUCAUGUCUUCAGCCCUCUCCGACUGACGGGCUUCGAGUCGGAGGCCGCACCGCCAUCAAAGGACCUCAGCUCCGCCCAACGCAGUGACCUCGACGAAGCAGCGGAGGUGGCGGUGGCACCGAUUGUACCGUCGGACCGCCCCCCACGCUACCAACAUCCGUCUUCGAAGCCGCGAGUCCCUCCAUUGGACUCGACGCACCUUGCGCAUGCUGCCACGGCUGCCCAGCAGCAGCAGCAGCAGAGGCAGCCACACCAGCACCGCUACACAUCGACGUCUUCUGCUACGAAGCGCAUUGAGCUCUUCCGCAAGGGCAGUCACAAGGUGAAGGAGCCGUCGCCGUCGCGGGCGAAGGGGCGGUCGGGCAGUGCACCGGCUGUCAAUGGACGAUCGCCGCUGCCCGUCACGGCGACGCCACCGUCACUUCUUGCGGCCCCACCGGGCUACGGCAGCGACAACAGCAGACGCACGUCCAGCACCGUGACGAAAGGCGUGCCACAGCUGUUCUUUGGGAAGCGAGAGGCCCCACCGGCGCACACGACGAGCGCAUAUCAGCGGCCGCCGCGGCCGGAGUCGACUGCGCUGCACCGCCAAACGAGAGGGAGUAGUGAGGAGGGCAGCAGGAAGGUGCGGACGGCGUUGCCGCUCUCGGCCGUCCACGUCGCGCCGACAUCACCCGCCUCGUUGCUCCUCUCCGGCAGUGCUCUUGGAGCAGGUGAUGCGGCUGCUGCGGCAUUGGUCGGAGGUGGUGGUGGUCGCGCUGGCUUGUCCCGGCAGAGCUCCCCCUCGCACUACGGCUCCGUGGCGUCGUCCGCAAACGGAGGGAACUCGCCCUCCCGCACCAGCCUUGGCCGUUUGCGCAGCUCCAGUAAGGUGCGUUUCGUAGAUGAGGACGGCGUGUCGGGCAGCACGGCUGGUGGCGAGUGGCGGCGGGAGAGGGAUGGCGCUGGUACUGGCGUCUCUCCCUCCUCUUCCGCCGCACCGGGACCCGGCAACGGCGCCGCUGCCACCACGCCCACCCAAAGCUCUCUUGUCUCCUCCAGCUUUCAUGGGUCAGGAGCGGCGUUGAAGGGGCGUCCGCAGGUUGCCUCAGUAGCCACUUUCGUAGCAGCGAAGAAGGAAGCGCUGCCAGACCUGCCACCUGUGGCAGCCACGGCGCAGGUGGUGGUUGAACAAGGUCGUCGCACUGCGGUGCAACAGGCGCAGCAGCAGCAGCAGCAACCGCCAUUCACGACUCCUGCGACAACCGUAGCCACUCCAACAUCGAGGACGGCCGCAGGAGGCAUCGUAGAGCCACCACCGCGGCACACCACAGGUCUAGCGCGACAGCCUCACGCCAGCGUCCGCGCCUCUCCCGAGACGGUGACCCCGCCCUUCUCCACUGCGACGGCCGCACCGCUAGAAGCCCCACCGGUGCCGUCGCUGAGGGCGACACCAACAGCAGCAACGAUGCCGCCUUCCUCUGCUACUCAAAGGCAGCAGCAGCCACCGUCAUUAUCGUUAUCCUCACCACAGCAGAGCCGUGUCGCAGAGGCCCCUGUCAGCUCUCGUGUCCGUUCGAGUAUACCACGCGUCCGCGACGACGUGUCACCUGUGCGUGCUGGUCGGGAGGACUCCGAGUCGGUGCAUAGCGAGGCGAGCACCAUGCCAGCCGGGAUGCUGCCGUCGCGGUCGCAAGACUGGCAGGUCAGCUCGAGUGCCGCCCCUUCGCCGCAGACGUCGCAGCAGCAGCAGCCUCUUUACUCCACCAUCUCUCCCUACAACAGCACUCAUCGCAUGUCUCCUACCGCUGCUACUGCUGCUACCACUACUGCGGCAUCGACGGAGGCGAGCUACCCGCGUCACGCCUCUGGCAUUGAGGUGCUGCGCAUUACACGUGCGUCUGGUGAUGUGCAGCUGAUGCCGCCGCCGGCGUCGUCGUCGACUGCGGUCUCCCAGCACCGCAGAGAGGUGGACGAGCCUCGGGUAAGGAUGAACAGCACGUCGCGCUUUGCGUCGGGUCAGGCAGGAGGGUCCGGUGUGGGGGACAAGAGGGCGCCUGCGUUGCGCCGUGCGAGUGGCGGGGAUGACGCUUACGUGGUCGUUGCUGGUGACGGGCCUGCAGACGCGCCACCGACUCGGACGAAUGCCGACCCGCGAGGCGGCCUCAGCGCGCAACACGCGCACCACCGCCAUAGCCAUCGCUUUGGCUCCACGAAGAACGGCAGCAGCAGACACGCCCGCGCUGAUUGA